AGUUAGUGUGCUAAGCUAACCUUUAAUUUACAAAAUACAAAAUACAAAGUUCGUUUAAGAUUUGAUGAUUGAGACUGUUUAGAACAGUCAUUUAUAGGGCAUUCCUCACAUAAAACAAUGGAUAACGAAGUGAAAGAAGAAAUACUGAAGCCUGAAGACUCCAAACCUUCAACAAGUAGUGAGUCAGUUCUAUUUCCAAGUGUUAAUAAAUAUGCCCACAUCAAAAAUAAAUUGGUUAGGAACCAACAAUUUAAAAAAGCUCAAAAAGAAAAGAAAAAAGAGAAAAAAAAACUAAAAAAAGAACGACAACAGAGUGAAGAGGUGAAGCAAGUUCCUCACACAAUAGAAAGUUUGAGAGAAAAAGACGAAACAACUGUUAUUGAACAAGACGAUGUUGAAUUGUAUAAACAUGAUAUAGAUAAUGAUGAAUUUAGUGAUUAUUUUAAAAAGUCCUAUGAACCUAAAGUUCUUAUCACAUAUGCUGAUAAUCCAAUGAGGAAAACCAGGAUUUUCGGAAGGGAACUCACUAGAAUAAUACCUAAUUCUACAUCUUUAUAUCGUAAUAGAUCUGGAAUAAAGAAGAUUGUUCGAAGUGCUACUAAAGAAGGUUUCACAGAUAUUUUGGUAAUUAAUGAAUAUCGAAAAGAACCGGAUGGUCUUUUGGUAAUUCAUUUACCUGAUGGACCUACAGCUCAUUUCCGCCUAAGUAAUGUUAAAAUUACACCUGAAUUGAGGAAAAAUCACAAGGAUAUCACAGCACAUAGACCAGAAGUUAUAUUGCAACAAUUCAGUACUAGAUUAGGAACAACAGUUAGUAGAAUGCUUGGAAGUCUUUUUCAUUAUGAUGCUCAAUUUGUGGGACAGAGGGCUGUGGUUUUCCAUAACCAGAGAGAUUAUAUAUUUUUCAGACACUACAGAUAUGGAUUUGACAAAGAUGGUAAAAAAGCUAGACUGAAAGAAUUGGGACCAAGAUUCACUCUUAAACUAACAUCUUUACAGAAAGGCACUUUUGAUAGUAAGUAUGGCGAAUAUGAAUGGAUAAUCCAAGGAAAACGACACUCCAUGGAAACGAGCAGAAGAAAAUUCUUUUUGUAAAUCAAUUCAACAAUGUUGGAUGUUCAUACAUAUAUUUUAUCGAAGUUGCCAAGUUCUUAUAAAAGUAAUUUCUAGUU